AUGAAGAUAAAUAAAAUAUACUUCCUUGCUCCCACGAGACACACGCCGCCGGACGGCCCGAUCGCACUCGGGAAUAUUAUCAAGGAUCCACGAUCGCCGGAGAUCACGCUUAACAACGCAAAUUCGGAGGCCGUGCUCAAGCUCGCUGCAAAGCAUAUCGACGUCGAUGAAUCGCAUUCCUCGAAAUACCUAACUCAAGAGACAUUCUUUCGCGGAGAAAUAUUUGCUAAAUUCCUCGCGGGCUUUAACUUGGGUACCGGUGCCAAAUGGGGAAAUGACGCUUCAACUGCCUACAGAUUUGACAAGCUGACGACACAAUCCAUAUACCCCAGCCUCAGCGAUAUCAAAGAGAUUUUCAACGAGCCCGCAGUUCAGGAGAAUAUCAAGGAUAGUCGGUUCAGAGAUAAUGUAUACAUGAUCACAGGCGUCCAGAUAGCAUACGGCGCUGAUUUUAUUGCAUCGACAAUUCGAGAACAAGGUGGAUUCCUUCAUUUCAGAGCUGAUUUAACGCCUACCGACGCACCAGUCAAUGUGGGUGCAACGGCAGAGGCCUCGAAUCAGCAUGGGCAAAUGUUAUCAUCGCAUAUCUCGGAGAAAACACCGUUCGUAUUGGCAUAUCGCCUGAGGGAGAUUAUCUAUAGACGUGCGGCAGUACGAGAGCAUAAGGAUGUCAAUAAUGGGGAUCUAAUGGGAAUUGAAGGUGGGAAGGGGGAUCCCGAGACGGAAGGUGACCCUUCCAACUACACGGCAGAUUUGUACUCGCUAAAAGAUGAGGAUCCUGAGCUGCCAGAGAUGUGGGAAUUAAUCUCCGCAUAUGCUAUUGAUAUGGAUGGUACAGAGUGCCGAGUUGUUGAUACCUAG